CUCGCUGCGCAGUUUAGUGAAGAGAGGAAUAUAAAGUUAUAUAAAGAAAAUCACAGUGAGAAACUGAAUUUAAAGCUGUAAUAUGUAGAUGUUAUAAAUCUAGACCUCAUAAAGAAGAAUUCUGUUGUGCUGCUGUCGGAAGAGAAAUGAGCUCUGAAAUGAAUCUCUCUGAGGAGCUGAGAGAAGUUUGGGGAUUACUGGAAGUGGAAAGCUCAGACUCACCUGAACCCAGCUGGGUGUCCAUGAAGAGUGAUCGGUCAAUAGAUCAUCCCUUAUUCUUCAGAGGAGGCAAUUAUUCUACUGAUCUGAGACCAGUGGCAUAUAAAAUCUCAGACUCACCUGAACCCAGCUGUGUAUCCAUGAAGAGUGAUCGGUCAAUAGAUCAUCCCUUAUUCUUCAGAGGAGGCGAUUAUUCUACUGAUCUGAGAAACCAAAAGAACUUAUACACAGAAAGACCAGUGGCAUAUAAAAUCUCAGACUCACCUGAACCCAGCUGUGUAUCCAUGAAGAGUGAUCGGUCAAUAGAUCAUCCCUUAUUCUUCAGAGGAGGCGAUUUUAUUACUGAUCCAAGAUCGGUGAAGAGAAAAAAAUCAGACUUACCUGAACCCAGCUGGGUGUCCAUGAAGAGUGAUCGGUCAAUAGAUCAUCCCUUAUUCUUCAGAGGAGGCGAUUAUUCUACUGAUCUGAGGAACCAAGAGAAAUUUAAAAAGUUUAAAAGAAGCAGCAGAAAUAAGUUGGACUCAAUGUUCGAGGAGCUGGAGCAGAAAGUCUUCACUCUGCUGAAGAAUGAGCUGAAUAAAUAUAAGAAGAUACUGAGUCCAGAUUACCCAGAAUGCCUUGAGGUGAAGGAUGAGGAGGAUCAAUGUAGUUUUAGAGAGGAGGCACUGAAGAUCACUCUACACGUCCUGAAGAAGAUGAACCAGACAGAUUUAGCCAACACACUGCAGACCAAGCUGGUCUCUGUUUAUCAGAAGAACCUCAAAACCAAACUGAUAGAGAAAUAUAAAAGAAUUAAUGAAGGAAUCUCACAGCAUGGAUCAUCAGUUCUCCUGAAUCAGAUCUACACUGAGCUCCACAUCACAGAGGGUUCGAGUGGAGACGUCAAUAAUGAACAUGAGGUGAGACAGAUUGAAACGACAUCCAGGAGACCAACAACACAGGAGAAACCCAUCAAAUGUAACGACCUCUUUAAAGACACGUCCAUCAGAACUGUGCUGACUAAAGGAGUUGCUGGAAUUGGAAAAACAGUCUCUGUUCAGAAGUUCAUUCUGGACUGGGCUGAAGGAAAAGCCAAUCAGGACGUUCUCUUCAUGUUCCCACUUCCCUUUAGAGAGCUGAAUCUGAUGAAGGAGAAACAUCUCAGUCUGAUGGAGCUUCUUCAUUAUUUUUUCCCAGAAUGUAAAAGAAUAGAAUCAAUAAACUGCAGCACCUUCAAGAUCAUUUUCAUCUUUGAUGGUCUGGAUGAGUGUCGACUUCCUCUAAACUUCCAGAACAAUGAAACUGUGAGGGAUGUAACAGAAUCAGCCUCAGUGGAUGUGCUGCUGACAAACCUCAUCAAGGGGAACCUGCUUCCCUCUGCUCUCCUCUGGAUCACCUCUCGACCAGCUGCAGCCAAUCAGAUCCCUCCUGAGUGUGUAUCCCAGGUAACAGAGGUACGAGGGUUCAGUGAUCCUCAGAAAGAGGAGUACUUCAGGAAGAGGAUCAGUGAUGAGGACCUGGCCAGUAAAAUCAUCAAACACAUGAAGUCAUCAAGAAGCCUCUACAUCAUGUGUCACAUUCCAGUCUUCUGCUGGAUUUCAGCCUCUGUUCUAGAGAGAAUGCUGGGUGAAGCAGAGGGUGGUGAGAUCCCCAAAACUCUGACUCAGAUGUUUACCCACUUCCUGAUCUUUCAGAUUAAACACAAGGAGCAAAAGUAUCAUGGGAAAUGUGACCCCAACCCUCAUCAGACCAGAGAAACGAUACUGGCACUGGGAAAACUGGCUUUCCAACAGCUGGAGAAAGGAAACCUGAUGUUCUAUGAGGAAGACCUGAGAGAGUGUGGUAUUGAUGUCAGAGAAGUGUCAGUGCACUCAGGAUUGUGUACCCAGAUCUUCAGAGAGGAGUUUGGGUUGCACAUGGGGAAUGUCUUCAGCUUUGUUCAUCUGAGCGUCCAGGAGUUUCUGGCUGCUUUAUUUGCAUUUAUCUGCUUCAUCAGCAAAAAUCAAAGAGAACAACAAACCACUGAUCUGUCUGAUCUGUUCACCAAGUCCAGCAUGUCUGAUUUCCUCAAGAGUGCAGUGGACAAGGCCUUACAGAGUGAGAAUGGACACCUGGACCUUUUCCUUCGCUUCCUUCUGGGUCUCUCACUAGAGUCCAAUCAGACUCUGUUACAAGACCUACUAACACAGACAGGAAGUAGAUCUCACAGUAAAGAGAAAGCUGUUAAAUACAUCAAGGGGAAGAUCAGGAAGAAUCCCUCACCAGAGAAAGCCAUCAAUCUGUUCCACUGUCUGAAUGAACUGAAUGAUCACUCUCUAGUGCAGGAGGUCCAGACUUACCUGAACAAAAUUAAACCUGAUUAUGAAUUUGAUGAUUCUGGUUGUCUCAGUGGAAUUAGACUCUCUCCUGCUCAGUGGUCUGCGCUGGUGUUUGUGUUGCUGAACUCAGAAGAAGAUCUGGAGGAGUUUAAUUUGAGUAAAUAUUACAGAUCAAAUGAAUGUCUUCUGAAGCUGCUGCCAGUGGUGAAAGAAUCCAGAAGAGCUGUGUUGUUUGAUUGUUCUCUUACAAGUAAAAGUUGUGCAGCUCUGUCCUCAGUUCUCAGUUCAAACUCCUCCAAUCUGAGAGAUCUGAACCUGAGUUACAAUAAGCUGCAGGAUUCAGGAGUGAAGCUGCUCUCUGCUGCACUGAAGAAUCCACACUGUAAACUGGAGAUACUGAGGUUGGAAUGUUGUUCUCUAACAGGUGAAAGUUGUGCAGCUCUGUCCUCAGUUCUCAGUUCAAACUCCAACAAUCUGAGAGAUCUGAACCUGAGUUACAAUAAGCUGCAGGAUUCAGGAGUGAAGCUGCUCUCUGCUGCACUGAAGAAUCCACACUGUAAACUGGAGAUACUGGGGUUGUUUGAUUGUUCUCUUACAAGUAAAAGUUGUGCAGCUCUGUCCUCAGUUCUCAGUUCAAACUCCUCCAAUCUGAGAGAUCUGAACCUGAGUAACAAUAAGCUGCAGGAUUCAGGAGUGAAGCUGCUCUCUGUUGCACUGAAGAAUCCACACUGUACACUGGAGAUACUGUGGUUGGAAUGUUGUUCUCUAACAGAUGAAAGUUGUGCAGCUCUGUCCUCAGUUCUCAGUUCAAACUCCAACAAUCUGAGAGAUCUGAACCUGAGUGAGAAUAAGCUGCAGGAUUCAGGAGUGAAGCUGCUCUCUGCUGCACUGAAGAAUCCACACUGUACACUGGAGAUACUGAGGAUGUUGAGCUGCUAUAUUACAGAUGAAGGUUUUAUAUCUCUGGCUUCAGGUCUGACAUCAAACUCCUCAUCCCUCCUGAAAGAACUGAAUCUGAGUGACAAUGAACCAGGAGAAUCAGGAGAGAAGCUUCUCACUGAUCUACAGGAGGAUCCUCACUGUAAACUGGAGGAACUUUAUGUGUGACCAGCACCUCAUGUUCAGAUGGAAUGAUCUUUUAAUUAAGCUGGACAUGAUGAGUCCCAGUUGGAUGUUUGGCAAGAUCUCUACAACCAAUCCAGCCAAUUGCAUUCAGUUACAGUAAUCACACUGAUCUUCUGCUGGCUGCUCUGUGUGAGGACAGGAAACCACCAUUUAAUACAUAUUAAGAUAAAAACUGGUGUAAAAAAAUACUUUAGUUUGGAAGAAAAUUACUUUUGGCAAGAUUUAUUAUAAAUGUAGUUCAUGUAAAUGAUGAUGUAAAGGAUGUUACUGGAUGCUGUACACUCAGAUUUAUUGUAUCUGUUUAAGUGUAAAAACAAUCUUUCUAAUAUUUUCACUUUAUUAUACAAACUGUAAGAAAUGUAAUUCUUAAAGCAUAAGGGUGGGGCUGUAUUUAGAUAAUUACAUUCUGAAUAAUUUUCUAACUAAUAUUCACUUAAUACAAGCUUUGUUUAAUAAAAAAAAAGUUGACUUUAAAAUUGACCUUCAUGUUAUGUCAUUAUAAAUGUAUAUUGGAACGAAAGUAUAAUCAUCAUUUAAAAUCAUUAAAUAAACAAAUAAAUAAAUACAGCAGCAGUGUGUCAUGGAUGAUUUAGAAACAAUGUCAUCUGUAGCAGACUAGCCACUGAUAAUGAAAUCCACAUCAUGAUGUCAAAAAUCCAUCUUGUUCUUCCACAAGUCCUGUCAUAACACUACCUUCCAUCUUGUUCUGGGGUGCCUCAUCACACACCCAUAGUAACAUCAUUUGCCGGAAUUAAUGUGGUUUAGUAGCCCUUUCUCUGUUCUGGGCAUCUCACACAGAUGCUCAGUUGUCGUCAUCUUCCUCUGUGAUAUUUUCAGCACUUUUCUGAUGUACUUGUUAUUAAAAGCCUAAAUGCAUCUUU